AUGCUGAAUGGGACCGAGAAGGCAAUGUGUCACGCAAGCGGAAGCCUCACCGCUGCAGCAAAGAACUGCGGUCAAAUCGAGAAAGAAGGACUCGCUCUGAUAUUCGCUGUUCGGAAGUUGCACCGUUACAUUAUGCGUCGAUUCAAGCUCCGCAUGGAUCACAAGCCUUUGCUACACAUAUUUGGACCAAAGAAAAUGGUCCCCGUAUUCUCGGCGAAUCGACUACAACGAUGGAAGUUGAUACUUCUCGGAUAUGACUUUGAUCUCGAAGGCGACGGAGUUUAG